CAAUGAUUUCGUCAGUUUAAAUCAUCUUGCAAACAGUACAAGUUAAUAUUAAUUUAUAAUUUUUUUUGUCAUUGAUAAAACAAUACUAAAAAAAAUGAAGGGUAUUUGUGCAGUAAUAUUAAUUUCAAUGGUUGUAUUUGUGUGUGGCAAACCAAGUGGUGAUGCUGCUGCACCAUCACAAGUACCACAAUUAAGUGAUUUAAUUGCCCAAGCUAAAACUGGUAUUGAUACUCUUACCAAGGAUCUUCAGGAAAAAACUGGAAUUAAUCAAGAAGAAUUUGUUAAAACCGUCAAGACACAGAGUGAUAAUCUUGUAGCAAAUGUUCAAUCUUACAUUACCAAAGUUUCUGAAGAUAUUAAAACAAAAAGCCCUGAAUUAGAAAAAACAUGGAAUGAUGUUAAAGCAAGAUUAACAGAAGUUACCAACAGUAUAAAUGCACAAAUACCAGAUGCCAAAGAAAAUGCUAGUUUACUUCAAGAAAAAUUAACAAGUGGUCUUCAAGUUAUUCUUGAUGAAAGCAACAAAGCAGUUAAAACAAUUAAUGAAAAUUCAGGACAAGUACAAGAAGACAUUGCUAAAUUUACAAAACAAGCUGUUGAAAUUGCUGCUCAAACAACUAAAAAUCUUGAUACUAAAAUUCGUGAACUUGCUGCUGCUCCAGCUAAAGCCUAAAAUUAUCUUCACUAAUAACUCUUUUUUUUACAUUAUAAUUAAAUAAAUAUUUAUAUAAAAAUGUUUAUAAAUAUAUAUUGAAUAAAAAAUAAAGAUAAUCACAAUUUA